ACCUUCGAUUUCUCUUUUAACUUUUUCUGCAUCAAAAGUAAUUUCAACCUUAAUUAUCGUAUACUAUUUUCCAAAAUCUUUUUUCAGGAAAAGAAAAUUUCUCAGGAAAAGUAAAAACUCAAACACAUUGCUAAGAAUAGGAGAAUUUGUUAAGCCAGAGCACUCAGGCUAUUCUAUUCUUCAGAAAAAUAUACGAAAUCACACGUUAGAAAAGAAAUAAGAAAAUUUGAAAGCGGAAGCUUUCUUUAUUCUACAGGUUCUGCAACAUGUCUAGCAAUGAUCCGCUUCUGCAAGUGGAGACAACUUGUGGAACACUUCUCUAUGAACUUCAGAUAAUCUGGGAUGAAGUUGGGGAGACGGACACUGAUAGGGAUAAAAUGCUGCUUGAGCUCGAGCAAGAAUGUCUUCAAGUAUACAGAAGAAAGGUGGAUCAGGCGAAUCAGAGUAGAGCGCAGCUGAGGCAGACAAUUGCAGACUCUGAAGCUGAACUUGCAGCCAUUUGUUCUGCACUGGGGGAGCGACCUGUUCAUAUUAGGCAGUCUGAUCAAAGUGUCAGAAGCUUGAAGGAAGAGCUCAGGAGAAUUCUUCCGCAAAUGGAAGAAAUGCGAAAAAGAAAAACAGACAGAAGAAAUCAAUUCGUUGAUGUUUUGGAGCAAAUACGGAUGAUAAAAAAUGAGAUCCAUGAGUCAGCAGUAUAUACAUCUUCAAAUACAGUUGUGGAUGAAGCAGAUUUAUCUCUCAGAAAGCUGGAGGAAUUUCACAGAGAGCUCCUUGGACUCCAGAAAGAAAAGAGUGAUCGGGUGAAGAAGGUUCAGGAGCUCCUGAACAUUUUGAACUCUCUUUGCUUGGUGCUUGGUAUGGAUUUCAAGCCCACAGUUAGUGAAGUUCAUCCUAGUUUAGGUGACUCUGAAGGAACAAGGAGUAUAAGUAAUGAUACUAUUGAACGACUGACUAUUGCAAUAGACAAACUGCGAGAAGUUAAGAUACAGAGAAUGCAAAAGCUGCAAGAUCUUGCUACUACCAUGUUGGAGCUAUGGAAUUUGAUGGAUACACCUAUUGAAGAGCAGCAGAUGUUUCAGAAUGUUACCUGCAAUAUUGCUGCUUCUGAGCAUGAAAUAACAGAACCCAAUACUCUCUCUGUGGACUUCCUUAAUUGUGUUGAGGCAGAGGUUUCUCGGUUGGAAGAGUUGAAGUUGAGCAAAAUGAAAGAACUUGUUUUGAAGAAAAGAUCAGAACUAGAGGAGAUCUGCAGAAAAACACACAUGGUUCCAGAAUAUGAUAGUUCGAUGGAAGAUGCCAUUGAAGCCAUCGAGUCUGAAGCCUUGGACCCAGCUAGCAUUCUUGAACAGAUUGAACUUCAGAUAGCCACUGUUAAAGAGGAGGCUUUUAGCAGGAAAGAAAUACUUGAAAAGAUUGAGAAAUGGUUGGCAGCAUGUGAGGAGGAGAGCUGGCUUGAGGAGUACAACAGGGAUGAAAACAGAUACAAUGCUGGAAAAGGUGCUCAUCUUACUCUAAAGCGUGCUGAGAAAGCUCGUUCCUUGGUUAAUAAACUUCCAGGAAUGGUGGAAGCAUUGACUUCAAAAACCUUAGCAUGGGAAAAGGACAGAGGUGUUCAAUUCUUAUACGACGGUGUUCACUUACUUUCCAUGCUUGAAGAAUACACUAUAUUACGACAAGAGAAGGAGCAAGAACGACGUUGGCAGCGGGACCAAAAGAAACUUCAGGGACAACUUAUAGCAGAGCAAGAGGCACUUUAUGGAUCAAAACCAAGCCCUUCAAAGGUUCAGAGUGUGAAAAAAACCCCUAGAGUUUCAACUGGUAGCGCAAGCAGUAGAAGACUAUCAUCAAUAGGAGGAACAAUGCUUCAGACUCCUAAACCUGAUUCAAUUAGUUCCAUAAAAGCUACUCCCAAUUCACGUCCAAUAAGAAAAAUUGACCGGAUGCUCCAAAAUGACAAUUCAAAUGCCCAACAAGACGAUGGUUUUUCCUCUGCAUCAGCUGCUAGAAAAGGCUUGGACAUGGUUGGUGUUCCCAUAAAGCAGCAGUCCUUAGGCAGUGAUACUUGUGAACCAGAGUCUCCACUGAUACGGAAACCAUUUUCACCCAUCUCUUCAACAACAUCAUCAAAAUCCAACAUGACAAACUUGUUGGACGAUUUUAGUACCAACUGUGAGACAACACUGCCGAAAAUCAUCCCACCUAAUGAUUUGUCAUACACAACUCCGUUGAAAACAACUUCAAUUGUGGACGAAGAGAACAGGACUCCCCAGGCAAUGCCAAUUCCUCUACUUCCUACACCUUCAACCGUGUCAAUGCCAAUGCAAACGGCCAUGACUCCCGCGCCUGCACCAACUGCACCGAUCCCUUUUAGUGACGCCAGCUCAGUCGAUGAAAUUCCAGAAGAGAUUGAGUAUUCAUUUGAGGAAAGAAGAGCCGGAUUCGUUCUUCCGAAAUCCCAGUCAAUGAUACCAGUUUGAUGUUCCAGUAAGUUUAGGCCAACAUGGAUGGAUUUAGCCUUCAUUCUUAAUUUUUUUUACAAUCGUUGUAGGAUAAGUCAAUUGUAAAUUGGCUUUUUCUGAUUGUGUACAUUGUCUGGGAGCCGUGACUGACCGUGGACUAGAUGGUUGAAACUUGAUUUUAAUGGGUUAAUUUGAGAUUUUACUUUGGAAUUGGUUUAAA